UCAAAUUAAAAACAAAUAUUAACGUAAAUUACCAGCUAGAUCCUUUAUUAUAGCAGUUUUGUGUUAUUUUUUUGGAUGUGCAACGAGCUGUUAAAUAUACAAUGAUGUGUAAAGAAAAAGUCAUUGCUCAUGACCUUCCUGAAGCUCUUGCUCAUCUGAAUCUAGUUAAAGAUCAUGCAUAUACAGCUCUAACUACAGUAAACAGUUUACUUCAGAGAGUUCAAGAUGGAGAUCUUCCCACGAAAAAGGGUAUCACUAUUUUGGAGGUGAAAAACCACAUGCUCCUAAGUUAUUUGACAAACCUCACUUUCUUGAUGUGGAGAAAACUUAAUGGCCAGAAAAUCAGUGGAGAAACAGCAGUGGAAAGGCUGGCAGAGUAUAGAACUGUUCUUGAAAAAAUAAGACCCAUUGAACAAAAGCUGAAGUACCAAAUUGAUAAACUAAUAAAAACAGGAACCAUAGAACAGCUUGAUCCUGAUGACCCUUUGAAGUUCAAAGCUAAUCCAGAUAGUUUAAUAAGCAAAUUAGCUGAAGAUGAAGAUGAAUCAGUUUCUGAUGAAGAGAAGGAAGAGAAGUCCAACAUAUAUGUCCCACCAAAACUAUCUGCUGUACAUUAUGAAGGGGAUGAGACUGAACAUGAUCGACAACAAAGAAUACUGGAGCGAGCAAGAAAGCGAGUACUAAGUACUAGCAUUAUGCAAGAGCUUAGAAAGGAAUACAGUGAAGCACCAGAAGAGAUAAAGGAAUCGGUUGAUUUUCAGAAAGAAACAGCAGCCAAGCAUAUCAAAGAAAAAAUCAACUAUGAGGAAGAAUACAUGACACGACUGACAGUCACUAAAAAGGAAAAGAAUGCCAGAAAGAAGUUGAAUGGAAUGUAUGACUUAGACCAUUUAACUACAUUUGAAGACAUCUCAGCACUUGAUGCAGAAGCAAUUGAUGACUUGCCAAUGAAGAAAAAGAAAAAACUUGCAAAAAAGCAAAUGAAGAUGAAAAAGAAGGGGAAGAAAAAGGUUUCAGAAAAAGAAGAUAAGCCACCACAAGAUCACUUAUGUGAAUUCCUUGGAUUGUUCAAGACAAUUGAGUGCAAAAAAAAAUUAUUAUUGUUCUAAAUUGUGCAAGGACAUAAGUAAAAGGUUGUUAUGAUUGACAGCCUUACUGUAUUUUUGUAAUAAAAGUUUUAAUCCUCUGUUA